GUGCGUAAUGAUAUGGACAAGCUGGCGCGCGUGAUGUUCCUGCUGCUGUGCCACGUCACGUCCAUCACGAAGCAGCUGGUGUUCUACAUGAGUGCCGACAAAAUCGACGAAAUGAUCAGCGCUCUUGAUGAUCCCCUGUACAACCAGCCGGCGGCGUGGCAGCGCGCGCUGCUGGCGGCGACGGCGCGCAGCGCGGGCCGGCUGCUGCGCGCCUACUCGGGCACGGCGGUGGUCACGUGCACGCUCUGGAUCAUCUUCCCCAUCCUGUACUACGCGCAGGGACUGCCCGUUGAGUUUCCCUUUUGGACCAACCUCGAUCAUAGCAAACCGACCUUUUUCGUGAUUUUACUAAUGUACUCGUACUACGUGACGACUUUGGUGGGCAUAGCGAAUACCACUAUGGAUGCCUUUAUGGGGACAGUAUUGUAUCAAUGCAAAACACAGUUGAGAAUUUUAAGGAUGAAUUUGGAAAAUCUGAUAGAAAGGGCAACAACAGUCGUGAAGGAAAACUCUGAUGAAAUAUUUGAUAAAGUUUUAGACAAAUUAUUCCUUGAAUGUCUAGAACAUUAUCGGCAAAUAUCCGAGACCAAUCGUCGGCUUCAGGAUAUUUUUGGCACGUCCAUACUAGUUCAGUUUGGCAUUGGUGGUUGGAUUCUCUGUAUGGCAGCUUACAAAAUGAUUGGGCUGAAUAUUUUGAGUAUUGAAUUUGCAUCCAUGACUCUUUUCAUCACUUGCAUUCUUACGGAAUUGUUUCUCUACUGCUAUUACGGCAAUGAAGUGACAGUAGAGAGCGACCGCAUGGUGGAAGCGGUGUACGCCAUGGAGUGGCUGCACGCGCCGCUGCGCUUCAAGCGCUCGCUGGUGCUGCUGAUGGAGCGCGCCAAGCGCCCGCUGCGCCCCGCCGCCGGCCUCAUCAUCCCUCUGUCUCUCAACACUUUUGUGACGAUCUUGAGGUCGUCCUACACGUUCUACGCAGUACUUCGCCAGACAAAGUAA